AUGAAAUCCUCCAGUGAUGAAAGCAAGAGAUAUCUACAAACCUCCAAUGAUGAAAGCAAGAGAUCACUGAAAUCCUCAAGAAAUGAAAGCAAGAGAUCCCUACAAAUCUCCUGCGAUGAAAGCAAGAGAUCACUACAAACCUCCAGUGAUGAAAGAAAGGGAUCACUACAAACCUCCAAAGAUGAAAGCAAUAGAUCACUGCAAACCUCCAGUGAUGAAAGCAAGAGAUCACUGCAAACCUCCAGUGAUCAAAGCAAGAUAUCACUGCAAACCUCAAAUGAUGAAAGCAAGAGAUCCCUACAAACCUCCAAUGAUGAAAGCAAGAGAUCACUGAAAUCCUCCAGUGAUGAAAGCAAGAGAUCACUGCAAACCUCCAAUGAUGAAAGCAAGAUAUCACUGCAAACCUCCAAAGAUGAAAGCAAUAGAUCACUGCAAACCUGCAGUGAUGAAAGCAAGGGAUCACUGCAAACCUCCAGUGAUGAAAGCAAGGGAUCACUGCAAACAUCCAAUGAUGAAAGCAAGAGAUCACUGCAAACCUCCAAUGAUGAAAGCAAGGGAUCACUGCAAACCUCCAAUGAUGAAAGCAAGAUAUCACUGCAAACCUGCAGUGAUGAAAGCAAGGGAUCACUGCAAACCUCCAGUGAUGAAAGCAAGGGAUCACUGCAAACCUCCAAUCAUGAAAGCAAGAGAUCACUGCAAACCUCCAGUGAUGAAACCAAGGGAUCACUGCAAACCUCCAAUCUCCAACCUCCAAUCUAUAUCAGUGGCGGAUUACGAACCAUUGAGGUCCAGCCGAUACUGUAA